GUCUCCCUCCGCAGCAGGACUCGCUGCACCAACAUGGCACUUUUCACACUAUUACUGAGUUUGGGCGCUAAGGCGCUUUUACUCUUGCUCGUUUUUCUUGUCGUGGCCUUUCUCGCUUACUGCAUGUAUAUCAAACAUAUCCAUAUGAAAUACGACCACAUACCUGGACCGCCGAGAGCCAGUUUUCUCUUUGGUCAUUCAACAACGUUUUUGAACAUAAUGAAGAAGGACGGAAUUGUACACGACAAAAUGCUGGAGUGGGCAGAGAUUUACGGACCUGUUUACAGAUUAAAUGCUCUACAUGUCGUUUCUCUGUGUGUGACCUGUCCAGAGGCGACUAAGGAAAUCCUGAUGUCCCCAAAGUACCGCAAAGACAAACUAAUCUACAGGAGACUCUUCAACCUGUUUGGCCAAAGGUUCUUUGGCAACGGCCUGGUAACGGCACAGGAUCAUGAGCUGUGGUACAAACAGCGCCGGAUCAUGGACCCUGCAUUCAGCAGCCUGUAUUUAAGAGGUCUCAUGGGGACUUUCAAUGAAAGGGCGGAGAAACUGAUGGAUAAACUUGCAGAUGCUGCUGAUGAUAAUGCAGAGGCCAACAUGCUGCAGCUUGUCAACUGUGUUACACUGGAUGUUAUUGCCAAGGUUGCUUUUGGCAUGGAUUUAGACCUCCUGAAGAAUAGUUCACCUUUCCCUAAAGCCAUCAACACCUGUCUGAAAGGGAUGAUGUAUUAUGUUAGAGACGCCUUUUUUCAGUUAAAUCCGAAGAAUAGAUCAUUCAUUAACGAAGUGAGGGACGCCUGCCGCCUGCUGCGCAAAACCGGAGCUGAGUUGAUCCACCAAAGAAAGGUUGCCAUGCAGAACGGCGAAGAUGUUCCCAAAGACAUCCUCACGCAAAUCAUCAAAACCGCUGCCACAGAAGAAAAUAUGACUGAAGAAGAUGAGGAGUUUAUGUUGGAUAAUUUUGUGACAUUCUUCAUCGCUGGGCAAGAAACAACAGCCAAUCAACUUGGGUUUUGCAUCAUGGAACUUGGAAGACAUCCUGAAAUACUGCAGAAGGUGAAAAAAGAGGUGGAUGAUGUAAUCGGGAUGAAACAGGACUUAAAUUACGAUGACCUCGGGAAACUGGUCUAUCUUUCACAGGUGCUCAAAGAGACUUUGAGAAUCUACCCGACGGCGCCAGGCACGUCCCGUGACCUUCCUGAAGACUUGGUCAUCAACGGUGUACAGAUACCGGGAGGAGCCAACUGCUUCUUCAGCUCGUAUGUGUGUGGGAGAAUGGAGAAAUUCUUCAAGGACCCACUGACAUUUGAUCCAGACAGAUUUCACCCAGAUGCUCCCAAGCCUUAUUACUGCUACUACCCCUUUGCCCUCGGCCCACGCUCCUGCCUGGGACAGAACUUUGCACAGAUGGAGGCUAAAGUGGUGAUGGCCAAGCUGCUCCAGAGGUUUGACUUCACCCUCGUCCCAGGGCAGACCUUUGACAUCCUGGACACCGGCACGCUCAGGCCAAAGGGCGGAGUGGUGUGUUCGGUUAGACACAGGAAGUAACCAAGUUAAGUGGUCUUAAACCUCUGUGACAAGAAGAAAUUCCAGCAUCCCACAUGAUGAAAGUGAAUCAAGUCGAGCUGACUGUUAUCUUUGUACUUCAGUCUCUUCCAGAUGCUACACACGUGCAUACUGCAAAAUUUGAUUAUUUUUCAGCUAAUUUUUAAAUGUCCUUAAUGUUAUACCUUGUUCAGAGUAGAGGUGGGUGCAAUUCACCGAUGUGUCGAUGCAUCGCGAUGCGUCACGUGACGAUUUGGAAUCGAUUAAUUAAAAAAAAAAAAAUUAAAUUAUCCUAUCCAGAUUCCAGACUGAAUAAGCUGCUGAAUCAUUUCAUUUUCAUGAAUGCACAUUUCUUAUUGUUCACUUGAAAUAUGGCAGAUAUGUUUACACUAAAUAAAGUUGAUGGAAGUACAAA